AUGCUCGGAUCGAAUCUCGGAAAGAAAGUGACGGCGGGAGUUGUGCAGGAUCAAUAUAAGCAGUUUUUGAAAAAUAAACCCGAGGAAAAGAAGAAGACGUUGACUCCAGAAGAGAGAAAACUCGCGAAAAGAGCAGAAAUGAGGAAGAAGGGGAUUUUUGUGAAAGCUGACGAUCAGGAUGAGACACCGACGAUUGUGGAGAAAAUCGAUGGUCCCGCGCAACCGAUGAUUUUUGUGCUUCCCGAGAAACCAACGAUUUGGAAAACGUCGAAGAAGAGGACUGAUGGAUGGAAGACAAAGGAUAAGAAGAAGGAGGUGACCAAAAAGGAAAAGAUGCCCAAAUCAGACAUCUCAAUGAGUUCUGGUCCUCAAAAGAAGAAGGUGAAAAAGGAGAAAAAAGCAGGAGCAGCUACAGUGAGCUCACUUCCAACUUCUUCAUCCUCAGCCACGGAUCAAUCUUCUUCAAAUGCUUCGAAAUCCAAAAAGUCUGCUGAAAAAGCUCACAAAUCUUCCGAGUCGGAUGUUUUUAAAAAAGAAGAAAAACCAAAACCAUCUAGCAGGGAAACGGUUGAAAAGAUUCCGGAGGAGAAGAAAAAGGAAGAUGUUGUGGAGCCGAAGAAAUCAGAAGAGAAAUUAGUGGAGAAAGUGGAAGAGAACAAACCGGAUGAGCCUGUUAAAGAGCCGGAACCGAAGGUCCUGGAGCAGAAAGCAGCAGAUCAGAAAGUGGAGGAGAAGCCAGUGGAGAAAUUUGAAGAAAAGAAGGAAGCUGCAGCUACCCCAGAACCUCCAAAAUCUGUUCCUGCUCCAGUUCAACCAUCUCCAGAAGUCAAAACUCCAGAAACCGAAACUCAAACUCCUCCUACCCAACCCACUCCUGCUCCUCCACCUACGGCUAAAGCUAAAAAAGAGCCAAAAGAAAACAGCAAGACAGAAGAAGUUCCAUUGGUAGUAACCGUUUCGAAUCCUUCCGUAACCGACUCCAAAAAAACAAUUUCCGCGCCAAUCGCUGAAAACCAACCGGACGCUUUUGAAAAAUUAGAUGACGAUGAGUUCGAAAAAAUGACAUCAGAUGCGGAUGAGAAGGAGAUUCUCAAAUUGGCACCACGUCUUCUGAAAGUUGCCAAAAAACACGCGGCAAUGGAAAAGUGUCUGACAGCCGAGGAAAAUGAAGUUUUGGCGAAGUUUUUCUCCGGAAAACAGAAAUUGGAUGCGACUGUUUUGGCUGUGUUGGAUUCGGCACUCGACAAGAUUAUUGAUUAUUUGCAGAAGAAUAAUUGUGCCGUGGAUGAUGAGACAAAAGCUGUUAUGAAGAAAAGAGACAAGCUCAAAGCAGCAAUGAUGAAAGAGUUUCUAGUAUCUCCACAGUAUCUGCCAAAGACUUGGACCGCCAAAUUCAAUGAAUGGAAGAGUGAGGCGGAGAAGCAAAAGAAUGGAAUCAACUGGUUCCGUGUCAUUUUCCAUUACCCCAAGCACAAAUCGUUUGAUGAUGGACCAGAAGACACUUUCGGAAACUUUCAUCGUCGUCAUCGUGGUCUUCUGAUGGGAAUCAUAUUGGGACCAGGAGAUGUGAAAUCGUUUGAAGAAACGAAAAGAGAAGAUGAUUGUCAGGGAAUGUUUUUGGAUACGAAGAUUAUUGAGAAUGCCAAUGUGGAUACGAAGGAUACCAGCUCAACUGUCAGCGAACGUCGCACUUUGAUGACUACGAAAAGUUCGAAGAAAUAG